GAUAGACUGAUGCCCAGACUUGUGGAGGUCGAAGCACGAAAAGAAACGCACCAUACCCGCCUAGGCAAACUCCGUCUAAGCCAACCCCGUCGUUCCUGACUUCAUCCCUCUCCCGACCACGUCUGAGCAUCCAUCUUCCAUCCAUCAUGGCGAUGGCGGACACGUACAAAGAUCUUAUUGUUAAUGUGUAGCUUGGCAUCUAGGAAGCGCCGACAUCUGCAAGCCGACCCCGCUCUUACGGAAGCGAGCAGUACUACAACCCAUUGCGAUGACCAGCUCGAGACCACCCACGUCUCCAUCUCAAAGGCCUUCCAUGUGGGUCUGUGCGUCGUGCGAGGCAUACGCAUUCUCUCCUCUUGCUGCGUCGGCAGUCUCGUAGCAUGGCUUUGGGCUCUCGAUUGUGUAGCACAUAUCUUCGUUCAUCCUAUUGCGCGUUGUGAGAAGCCAUCUAUCUGCAUGAACUCCUGCGCAAGCCUCUCCCAAUCUGAAGUCGGAAAUGCGACUGCAUCGCACGUAUCAACCGAAACUCAACAUCUACACCGUCUAUGCGAGUCGCUAUCCUUCGACUUUUCAAUAUCACAUUUCAACGCUCUUCAGCGCGCUAUAGGCUACAAAGAUACCAUCGAAGACGCCAUCUGCUUGUUUGUAGAUCUAUGUGUCGACCAAUGCACACCCAGAAGGGUGUCAUAUGGAUCAUGAUGGUCUCUAACGCGGAUGGCAUACUUCGAGGCCGACAAUAGGCGCUCCACAACAAGUCAGGGCAGUUGGGCCUUGCUAGCACAACUCCUGGCUGCCUCUCUAGUGAUUUAGAACAUACGAUAUUAGAGCAAGCAUAUGUGCUUAGAGGAGAGU